UAGAAAUUUAAUAAAAAUUAAAAAAUAGUUAUAAAAAAAUAGUAAUACAAAUACAAUAAUAAAAGUUAAACAAUUUAGAGUAGGACAAUUUAUGAGACAAUAAGAACAAAGGCAGCAGCCUGGGCCAGGCCUCCUCCCUUCUAGACAAAAACUAGCUAGGAGGGAAGGCAAAAAAACUAGGGAAAAAUCCCUCUCUUUUGAGGAUCGUCCUCAUGACUAUGCAUAUUUUAUUUAAAACAUGUAAUCUCAGCUGGUUCAUGUCACAAAGGUUUUCUAUUAAUCCAGGCGCCGGUAAGUCUGUGGGUCCUUGUAGAGUUUUCCUUUCUUGUUGAUAAGAAAAGGCCAUAAAUUCUUCACUAGAAAAUUUAAAGUCUCUGCAACCAUUAUCUCUGUGCAAAGAAUUCUUGAUUAUUUGCUCUCUUUCUUGAGUUAAAAAGAAUAUCACACACACUUAGCUUCAGUUUUAAUUACUAAAGCUUAAUGUUAAUUACAAAACUACAUUCACUAUAUCAUUCAAAAGUUAAUACAUUAUAACUUUUCUACCUAGCAUAUCACAUACAGUAAAUAUCUGCGUAGAGCUACACAAUAUGCCUUUUUCACACCUCACAUUCCCUCAGAUCCCCUCACGGCCCCUCACGGCCCCUCAGCCCCAGGCGCGCGGCUCCUCCCAAAGGAGAAGGGGUCGGGCCCUGCUUGUUCUCCUUUCAUUUCGCUCCCUUCACAGCCACCAGUCAAGAAAGGCUGAAAUGGAGCCUUUCCCCAGCGCUCCCCUCGGGGUUAAUCGCGGCUGCAGCUCUGUGCUGCCGCUGGCCCCAGCGCCAACAUCCCCGCAGCCCCGCAGGCCUUUGCUGUCCCCCCGUGUCCAUUCGCUGUCCCCGAGUCCCGCCCGGCUCUGGCAGCAGCAGCAGCCGCAGCGCAGCGGGCGCCGGCCCGGCCCAGCCGCGGCUCCCGGCCAGGAGCAGCAGCAGCGCCGGCCCCUUCCCGCCUGCUCCUGCCUCGCCUGCCAAGGGCCUUUUCCAGCUGGACUCUGCACUGCAGCAGCCAUCACCCACACACAGCCCUGACUGCCCAGGGCCCGCCUGGGCUGCCCUCAGCAGCCUCCAGAGAAAGAAAGGCUCGGCUUCCAGCGCUCUGUGCAGCAUCUUUGACUCACCCUCAGGUGACAGCAGCAGGCUGCUCUUGCCUUUGCCUUGCCAAUUGGAGAUGGUGUCUGCUCUUGCACCCUUCUGGCUGCAACUGAAUUUGAGCAGUUCAACUGCAAUUGCCUUUUUCCAUCAUUGCUACCCACUGUGCUUUUGUGACAGUGAACUCACAGGAGUUUUGUGGCAGGCACCAUGAUAAGAAGAGAUUGAAAUGCUCCCAAGUCCCUGGGCACUGAGUUGAGGGGAAUUAAAGCCACACAGGCCACAAUUGCAGAGCUCCAACACAGCCCUGGUGCUGCUGGUGCUGCUGAAAUCAAAGCAACUUACAGAGGCCAUCACAGAAAUUGCCCUCUGGAGUGUCAAAUAAAAUGAAAAAAAAAAACCACCAGGAGGAACACAAACCUCAACUUCUUCACUCGCUUCAUUGCUUGCUCUGAGCAGCAGAAAAUGGGAAUGCCCAGAGGUAUUUGCAGCUGCUGCUGAUCCCAGCUGCAGCUCAGCCCUGUGCAGAGUCCCAGCAGGAAGCUGAGCCCAGCCCGGGGAGCUCACACAGUGUCAGGGAGAUUCUUUCUCUGAAUUCACUCAGCCUUGCAUUCCCCAGCUAGGCCUGGUUAUCACCUCCUGUUUUCUUGGCUUAGAACCGCAACUUUGAAACCUUACCAAUGGCACAACUGCCCAGUCCACAGGGAAAGGGACAGAGAAAUGGUAAAAUUCUCCAGACAUUUGUCCUGCUUUGCUGGAAAAGUCGUGCUGCACUCACAGGAUGGAAAUCCAAGAGAAGCUGGAGUUGGUGGCACAUCUUGUGACAGAAGCUGGACCUCAUUCUCCAUGAAAGGUUCUUGGAAAGAGCAGCUGGGACUGUGGAGAAGAUUGCUGGAAAACUGAAACAGCUUUCCAGAAGUGAAAUGAAAAUGAAAGAAACUAACCAAGCAGUUUUCCUCUAUUUCUUUCUAUGCUUCCCUUUUCCAUGUUGCACUACUUGUCCAUGCCAUUAAUUCCAAAGGGAUCUCAGCUCGAAGAUCGGUGACUUAGUGAGUUUUAGACACUCUAAAGUACCAUGGGCUGUACACACAGUUUGCCUUCCCCUGUUUUUGUUGUCAAGCAGUGCUGGAGACAUAAGUGUAGUGCUUGGGUCGGGCAUGAAUCCUGCAGGCAGGGAAUGUGCCCCGGCAGUGUGUGAGCCUGAGCAGGGACAAUGCAGAACAGCAAGCGAGGGGAUUCCUCUGGCACAGCGCAGGAGUCAGGACUCUGGGUCUGGGCUGCACAGGGCCAAGUUCCCGUGUUUGGACAGGCUCAGGGGCUGCCCCCGGGGCGCGCGGGGCUCGGCCGUGGAACGGACACGCGGACAAACGGCCCCGGGGCUUCGGUGGCAGCGGCGGCAGCGGCGGCAGCGGCGGCAGCGGCGGCAGCGGCGGCAGCGGCGGCAGCGGCGGCGGCAGCGACUUUGCGGAGUCUCCGAACUCUGCGACCCUCCUCACCUCCUGUUCCCCCUCUCCCUCUCCCACUGUCCUGCACUCUCUCUCCGUGUCCCGCAGUCUCUCCUGGUGUCCCUUUCCCGGUCUCCCCAGCCCCUCUCGGUGUCCCCGUCCCGGCCUUUCCCUCUCCCCCUGCCGGGCCGGGACAUGCCCCCGGCCCGCCCCCGGCCCCGGGUGGGGCUGCCCCGUCCCUGUCCCCGGGCGUCCCCCCGCGGUCUCGCCUGGGUCCGGCUCUGGCCGUGCUGGCGGUGGCGCUGCUGGGCCGGGAUCAGUGCCUGGGGCUGGGGCGGCAUCGCCACCCUUUGGCUGCGCCUGGGCCGGGCACGGCCUCGGCCCCGGUGCCGGCCCCGAGCCCGGCGCCGCCUCCUCCCGGGCCCCGCGGAGGACACACGCGGCGCGGCCGCUCCCGCCGCCUCCGCUGCGGCUUCCCCGGCCCGAGCUCCGCCGCUCGGCAGCGCAGCCGCCGGCCCCGAACCGCCGGGGCCCGGCGCGGGUGGGGAUGCCCGGCCCGGGCCGCUCGGGGGGCGCUCGGGGGCCGUGUCUGGCCCCGGGCCGAGCGCUGACGGCCGCGUGUCGCCCGCAGGGAAGGCGCAGGAGGCCCUGCAGGACCGGUACCGGCUGGGUUCGCUGCUGGGGCGCGGAGGAUUCGGCAGCGUCUACUCGGGGACACGAGUGUCGGACGGCGCCCCGGUGGCCAUCAAAUGCGUGCCGCGGGAUCGCAUCCGGCUCUGGGGCGAGCUGCCCAACGGCUCCCGUGCGCCCCUGGAGAUCGUGCUGCUGGACAAGGUGUCCGCUGGCUGUGCUGGUGUCAUUCAGCUCCUGGAGUGGCUUGAGCUCCCCGACAGCUUCUUGUUGGUGCUGGAGCGUCCGGAGCGGUGCCAGGACCUGUCGGCUUUCCUGGCGGAGCGGAGGUUCCUGCCGGAGGAGGAGGCGCGGGCGCUGUUCCGCCAGGUGCUGGAGGCCGUGCGGCACUGCACCAGCUGCGGGGUCCUGCACAGGGACAUCAAGCCCGAGAACAUCCUGCUCGACCUGGCCACCAGAGAGCUCAAACUCAUCGACUUUGGCUGUGGCGCCUUCCUCCAAGACACAGCCUACACCCAAUUUGCAGGAACCCUGUCCUACAGCCCACCAGAGUGGAUCCACCAGCAGCGCUACCACGGCGAGGCAGCAACAAUCUGGUCCCUGGGCCUCCUGCUGUACCACCUGGUCGUGGGGAAGCACCCGUUCAGGAGGGGCCAGCAGAUCAUCUGGGGCCGCAUCUUGUUCCCACGAUGGCUCUCUCCAGAGUGCCAGGAUGUCAUUAAGAGGUGUUUGUCCAUGCAACCCUUGGACAGGCCAUCCUUAGAAGACCUCUUCAAUGAUCCUUGGCUGCAGGGCGUUCAUCUGCCCUAGAAGAUGGGAGAGGUCCAUGUGCACAAUUGGAUCCAAAAUCCUGGCAGGGAAGGAGGAGCCCCUGGAGAAGCUCUGUCAGGUGGGGCUGCUGCUGGAGACACCAAGGACAACCUCAGGGAUGACAAUCUCUUCCUCCACCUGGUCAGCAGCAGCUGAAGAUGAUGGAGUUUGAUUCUGGCACCUUCUUCAGAGACACGCUUCAUGCCCAAUCUGCAGCCGGGCUCUGCGGGUGCUGAGGCUGCUCUGGGCUCUGCCAGGGCUCUGCUGGGCUCAGCCCUGGGCACGGCUGGGCUCGCUCUGCCCUCACAUUGCUCUGACAGCUUUGCAGCACACCAGCCCCUUCUGAGCACAGCACCUGAGCUUUCUGCUUUGGCAGCUGAGUGAGACUCUCCUGCUGGCCAAGAGAUUGCAGGAGUGCCACAACUGAGCAAAACCUGGCGAGUGGAUGGUGUUCCUAAGGCAGUGCAGUCUGGAGCUGAUGGAUGAAGAAUUAAUUUCCCUUCUGCACCUCGAAACCAGAGCAAAAAGCU